AUGAGCUAUUGGUAUAGACCAAACGUAUUUAGAAGACGUUGGGGUAGUUAUGGAAGUAUAAAAAAUAAUUGGUACUCAAAUAACUACUCAUUAAAUUCGAUUAACGAUAAUUAUGAUCCUGAUGCAGGAGAUGAAGAGUAUACAGAAGAAGAUGAUGUAGAUCUACAUCCAAAUGUAUACACAGAAAAUAGUUAUUUUGAUCCAGACAAUGAACCUGAGAGAGCAAAUAAACCAGAUAUAAUUGACGAAGAAUAUAAUAAAACAGAAGAAUCAAUGUUUGAUGAUCCAGAUUAUGAAGAAUAUAAUAAAGAAUUUAGAAAUAUCAUUGAACCACAUGAAGAACAAGAAUAUGAAGAAGAUGAAGAACAACAAGAACAAGACAUUCCAGAAGAAGAAACAAUAACAUAUGAAAUAGUUAAUCCAAAUAAUCAAGAACAAGUAUUAACAUAUGAUGAUAAUACGCUAAAAAUACUCGAUGGAAUAAUAGAUAUAGACAAUGAAAAUGAAUUAAUUGACACUCUAACUCGAGUAGAAGAAGAUGUAAGAAAAAGAAAUGAAACUAUAUUAUUACAAACAGAACAAGAAGAUGAAACAAUACCUGUAAUAAUAACUGAUAAACAAAAUAAUAUAGUAUUAGCUGAUAACAUUGAAGAAAAUAGAAUACCAGAAGUACUUCAACAACUAAAAGAAAAACCAUUACAAGAAGAAAUAGAAAUACAUAAAGAUGUUAAAGAUCCUGAUAACUUUAUAAUACCACCAAAACAAUAUAAAGAAAUAAAACCAAUGGAUGAUGAUGAAGAAGAUGAAAAGAACAGAAAAAGAUACAGAAAGUUAGAUGACUUCUUUAAUGAUAACUACAAGAAAAGAGGAGAUGAUAGUUCUUCGGAUAGUGAAGAUAAUAGAGAAGAUGGAAAAGGCAAAAUUAAAUACCAAGCUAAAAGACCAUUUGAAGAGAAACUAACAUCAACAUUCUUUAAUCCACCUAGAAUUAAUAACUUACCACCUCAACAACCAAUACAAGAGAUUGUACCAUAUCAACAAAUGAUAAUUAAACCAGAACAGAAAAAGAAAAAGAAGUCUCCCAAGAAAAUACAAAAUAAUGAUGACGUCAACGGUAAUAAACCUGACGACGAUUCUAAAGGUAUAAAGAUUAAAUUAAACGAAUUAGAAGAAAGAGAAUUAGUAUUAAAAGAAGCUAAACCUGUACCAGACUUUAUACCUUUAGAAUCCGUCGAUAUACCAAAUGAAGUAGAAAAUGAAGAACCAAUACUAGAAGAUGAUGAACAAGAAUUAGAAUGGUAUGAUGACCAUAUGCCAGAAGAAAUAAAAUUAGAUCCUGUACCAGAAGAUGCUAAAUAUUGGCAUAACUUUAAACAUAAUUCAGAAAAGAAGAAAAUAAAUUAUCCAAUUCAAUUAGUUGAUGAUAGAACACAAGGUAAUUUAGCAAGACAAGCUAAAGAAUCAAGAAAACUCCAACGAAAAACAAGAAAACAAGAAAAGAUCAAAAAGAUGAAAGAUCCUAUAAAUAAAAUAACAGAAAUAAAUAAAUUUGUUAAUAAGAAAAUUAAGAAGUACUUAAAACGUCAUCCUCUAUUAAUAGAAGAAGAAAUUCCCGAAGAACUUAUCGAACGAUGGCAAGAAGAAGCACUCCAUGAUUACGAUUAUAGAUUACUAAUGUUAGAAUCAGAAGUUAUAAUUAUACAACAACCACCUUCUACAAAAAGAAAAGAACCAAUCGAAGAAAAAGAACAAAAAGAAGAGAAACCAGAAAUAGAAAAAGAAGAAAACGAUUACCCGUUAAAUCUAAUUAUAGAAGAAGAUAGUGAAGCAGAAAUACCAAUAGAACCAGUAGAACCAUUAGAAGAUCCUCAAUUCGACUAUGCCACAUCAACAAUUGGCGGGGAAGAUAAAGUUAGAACUAGAUAA